ACACACUUGCAUCAAAACACAAAUGCGCACGCUGACCGAGAUUUACAUACACACACUCACAGACCUGCUGCUUGAGCUCACUUACCCCAUAAUAGUAGUAAUUCGGAUUACAUUUUGUAAUGUUCUCUGCCUGUUUCUUAUGUUUUGAAUUAAAAAGAUAAUGUAUGCAAGCGUUCAUGUCUGCGCGCUGAAACAUGUUUGUUUUCUUCCCCUCUUUACUCCUGUAAAUCACAGAAUCGCUAGAAUCCAUUUUGUUUACCUGUUGAUCCUGCUGUGAAGCGAACUGCGACUUGCUCGCAUGGGUUCUACACCGCGUUCAUUAAAAAACAUAGCGUACUCAAUUAGUCCAGUCCUUCUCUCACAACACCCAACAGCUUCAGUGCUGUUCCAUUGGCAGGGGAUUGUUAUUGACCAGAGAUGAAAUAUGAUGAGGUAAACAGUAUUCGGUGGCUCUCAACCAUAGCGUGGUAAUUGGGCUUUGUUGAGCACCGCGUUGACAGACGUGCAUAGACAACCACAAUCAAUGCCUUCUGACUUUCUGUCGACCCCAUCAGUCCGCACACAAGCAGUAGUCAGAUGGACUUGAGCCACCAAGAGAGGCCCCCUCAUUUGUUCGCCUUAGUUUCUGCUGUCGAUGGAACAGUAAACAGAUAGGUUCACUUAAAGGACUGUCACGGCUUUAAGAUUCCACAGACAGUUAUGGGCAAAUACAGGCUCACUGAUAUUUAGUCCAGAUGCAUUGGUUGUUUUAUUGUCUGCUUCUUUGUCCACUAAACAUUUACAUUUAGUCAUUUAGCAGACGCUUUUAUCCAAAGCGACGUACAAGGAAAUUGCAUUUAUAAAUCAGGAGCAGUUUAGGGGUUCAGUGUCUUGCUCAAGGACACUUACACUCUUGGUAAGGCAGAGUGGGGAAUCGAGCUAGCAAACCUUCCGAUUACUAAACGACUCCUCUACCCCCUGUACCACUGUCGCCCCCAUGGUCAUCAUGUGAGGUGGUGGAUGGUGAGGCCCUGGGUCUCUAAUGGUCAAUUACCAGGGUUAUGGGUAUUGUGGUCCCACUGGUCCAAAGCAGCUUUACGUCCUCCUGACAGCAGGCCCAUCAGAUAUGCACACACUGUUUUCACAUGUAAUUGGUGAUGCAUUAUUGAUAGCCUGCCAUAAUUAGUAGGUGAUGAGCAUUAUGCAGUAGGUGCUGCAGCUGCGGAUGUUCCAAUCUACACAGAGAAUAGAGUAUUCUAGAAAUAUAUUAGAAUUAUUUGACCUAAUAUUUUGUUUUGUUUGGUUGUUUGUUUGUUUGUUUGUUGGCGUGUGUGCCAGUAUUAUCCCAGACCACUUGCAAUCCUACAGAAGCAACAGAUUUGUAUCUGUUGAAUACUCCUGUUUCCUCCACACCUUUUCCUGGUAUUUUCCCCAAACACGGGCAAGGGUUGGCAAGUGAGCCGCUGUUUUCUAUUCCUCUUUCACCCCUGAAUUCGACUCGCCUUUUCUAGAACGAUGAGUCCACUGACUAAGGAGUGUUGCAGCUAAUGGGAGUGAAGUGCGCCGAGUGUUUACCGUAGGAGCCUGGUGCUGAUAGGCAGGAGGGCAGAGCCUGGCUGGGAAAUCCUGCUGGCGCUGUUUGAUGGGAGUGCAGUUGCCAUGGCGUUGGCUCCCAGGGGGAGAGGAGGCAGAGGCUUGUAACAAAAUCUGCCAACUCAUCCGGCACCUGUGGCACAUCUCCGGCUCUCUCUCUCUCUCCCACUCCAUCUUUCUCUCCCUCUCUCUUCUCUCUCCCUCCUUCUUUUUUUUUCUGUCUUUUUUUCAUGGAUAGUUUUCCAGCAUGUUGCUGAAGAUAUGGUGAGCUGAAAGGCAUCCCACAGAACUCGUAUGUGCAUCGGCGCACCUGCCUUCAGCUGUUGUUCUUCCUGCAGCACGUCUCACUGUUUAGGGCUAUUUAUACUGUUGUCUUUUUUUUCUACGCGGUGUUGGAAUUGUAUGUGUGUGUGUGGGAGAUUCUGCAGUAUCUCUGAGAAUCCGCAGCACUGUGGGAUUAUCGAAAAGAAGGUGCUUCACAUAAGAAUGAAACCAGCGCUUCCUGAAUUGGACAUUCAAUAAUUUGCAUUGCGAUCUGAACUUGGGUGGUUUGUUAUGCUUCGGGAAGGAUUCUGAAUUGGGAACUCUGAGCAAACAGAACAUGGGCUUUGCACCAGGCAUUUGUUUCUGUCUCUGCUUCUAAGAUGCUUCCAGAUGAUUCCAGAAGAUUAUGGGCAUUAUGGUGGCUUGACAAAAGGCUAACUCUGGGAUUGUAAACACAUCCCUUGAUUGCUUCCCCGUUUGUCCUGAUGUCUAUCUCUGGAAUCUCUUGCUUGCCCAUUUUUAUUUAAGGAGGGACUCAUUUUUUUCUCUUCCUGUUUUCUUGGAGAAGGAUUUGUGUAAUUCCUGGAGACCGAAGCCGAUCGUGUCAGUGGGAGAGAGUUUAAUCUUUCUGUUCCAAAGGAUUCAUGACACAGAAGGGAACUGGCCAUCUGCAUAGCUCAUGCAUGUGGGUGUGUGUGUGUGUGUGUGCGUGUGUGUUUAUAUAUGGAGAGCCUAUGAAUAUGAGGCUUCAGCUUGCAGAGACUAAGCGAGCAGUGAGAUAAAAAAAAAAACAUCAACAAAUAUUAUAAUUGUUGAGCGCAGAGUCCUUUCUCAAGAGGAAUAACCAAAAGAUCUCUUCUCACAAAGAUUGUCAGGAAAUGCCAUCAGACUGUUAGCAUCUUGCCAUUUAGUUUGCCGCCCUUCCAGCCCUCUACUUCACAGCAACGAGGGUGUUUGUGUGUCCGUGCAUGUGGGCAGUGUGAACGUGGCCAUGAAUUACAUAUUUGGGGGCAACACCCUGUACACCAGGGGCAAUCGUGGCAGCACCAACUCGGGCCACGGCCCCAUACCAAAGCCCAGGUUGUUGUCCGUGCGGAGCUGCUCCGAGGAGCCUCCCGACCAGCACCAGUCCCGCUGGCACCGCGUGCAGGUCCUCCUCUCCCGCCUCCGGAUGUUUACCAACUGCAUCUCGGCAGGAGCCACGCAGGCAAAUCCACCCCCUGUCGUGGUGAACACAGAGAGUCUGGACUCUGCUCCAUAUGUGAAUGGGACAGAGGCUGACUACGAGUAUGAAGAGAUCACGCUGGAGCGGGGCAACUCGGGCCUGGGCUUCAGCAUCGCCGGGGGAACGGAUAACCCCCACAUUGGCGAGGACCCCAGCAUCUUCAUCACCAAAGUCAUCCCUGGGGGGGCAGCGGCGCAGGACGGCAGACUUCGGGUGAAUGAUGUCAUCCUGCGGGUGAACGAGGUGGAGGUGCGUGACGUGACCCACAGCAAGGCGGUGGAGGCGCUGAAGGAGGCCGGCUCACUGGUGCGACUGUACGUGCGCCGGAGAAAGUCGGGCAACGACAAGGUGGUGGAGAUGAAGCUGGUCAAAGGACCCAAAGGGCUUGGCUUCAGUAUAGCAGGGGGCGUAGGCAAUCAACACAUCCCAGGGGACAACAGCAUCUACGUCACCAAGAUCAUUGAAGGAGGAGCCGCACACAAAGAUGGCAGACUACAAAUAGGAGACAAGCUUCUAGCUGUGAAUAACGCUUGUCUGGAGGAGGUGACCCACGAGCAUGCCGUGACUGCCUUGAAAAACACCCCAGACGUAGUCUACUUGAAAGUGGCAAAACCCAACAGUGUCUUCAUGAACGACAGCUUCCCCCCGCCGGACAUCACCAACUCCUAUACGCAACACAUGGAGAACCAUAUCACUUCCCCCAGCUACCUGAGCCAGCCCCUGCCUCCCAUCCCCAGUGGCCGCUACUCCCCCACCCCCAAGGCCAUGAUGGGGGAAGACGACAUAACCAGGGAGCCCCGUAAGGUGGUCCUGCACCGCGGCUCCACAGGGCUGGGCUUCAACAUCGUGGGCGGGGAGGACGGAGAGGGCAUCUUCAUCUCCUUCAUCCUGGCCGGAGGCCCGGCCGACCUGUGCGGAGAGCUGAGGAAAGGAGAUCGCCUGGUCUCUGUGAAUGGAGUGGACCUGCGUAAUGCCACUCACGAGCAGGCGGCGGCAGCACUCAAGAACGCCGGGCAGACGGUCACCAUCGUGGCCCACUACAGACCUGAGGAGUACAGCCGCUUUGAGGCCAAGAUCCACGACCUGCGGGAACAGAUGAUGAACAGCAGCAUCAGCUCGGGCUCCGGCUCCCUACGCACCAGUCAGAAGAGAUCACUCUACGUCAGAGCUCUAUUUGACUACGACAAAACCAAGGACUCUGGGCUGCCCAGCCAGGGCCUGAACUUUAAGUUCGGGGACAUCCUACACGUAGUCAACGCGUCCGAUGACGAGUGGUGGCAGGCGCGGCAGGUGACCCCUGACGGGGAGGUGGAGGAGCUCGGGGUCAUUCCCAGCAAGAGAAGAGUGGAGAAGAAGGAGAGAGCGCGGUUAAAGACGGUCAAGUUCAACGCCAAGUCACGAGACAAAGGGCAGUCAAUCAAUGACAAGCGUAAAAAGAACCUCUUUUCCCGAAAGUUCCCUUUCUACAAGAACAAGGAGGCGAGCGAGCUGGAAACCAGCGAUGUGGACCAGCAUGUCACUUCUAAUGCCAGCGAUAGUGAAAGUAGUUACCGUGGCCAGGAGGAGUACGUGCUGUCAUAUGAGCCCGUCAGUCAACAGGAAGUGAACUACACGCGUCCGGUAAUUAUACUGGGCCCGAUGAAAGACCGCGUCAAUGAUGACCUGAUAUCAGAGUUUCCGGACAAGUUUGGCUCCUGCGUGCCCCAUACAACCCGACCAAAGCGUGACUAUGAGGUGGACGGCCGAGACUACCACUUCGUUAUCUCCAGAGAGCAGAUGGAGAAGGACAUCCAGGACCACAGGUUCAUCGAGGCGGGCCAGUACAACAACCACCUGUACGGCACCAGCGUGCAGUCCGUCCGAGAGGUGGCCGAGAAGGGCAAACACUGCAUCCUAGACGUGUCAGGCAAUGCUAUCAAGAGACUGCAGGUGGCGCAGCUCCACCCCAUCGCUAUCUUCAUCAAACCAAAAUCAGUGGAAAACAUCAUGGAGAUGAAUAAGCGGCUGACUGAGGAGCAGGGCAGGAAGACAUUUGACCGAGCCACUAAACUGGAGCAGGAGUUCACCGAACACUUCACAGCCAUCGUCCAAGGCGACACGCUGGAGGAGAUUUACGAUCAGGUGAAGCAGAUCAUCGAGGAGCAGUCUGGGCCAUACAUCUGGGUACAGUCCAAGGAGAAGCUAUGAGCGGGGGGCAGCGUGUCACCAUCCUCUCCCGACCCCACGCUUGGAUCUCCGUUUCAUUUACUGAUCACUUUCUUUAGGAGCUGGUCUGCGAGCAACAUCUAAACAUCCCUCCCCCCCUCACACACACACACACACACACACACACACACACACACACACUGGCCCUCCCCUUUUGAGGUCACCACCUUGAGCUCAUCUCCAGGCCCCUCAGCCCAGGCUUCAGCCCCUGACAGUACAGUAGGUGUGUCAUCAGCUGCCACGCCCCUAUAAUACGAGAUCACUGCUACCUGUUUGUGGAGAGGAGGGGGUGAGAGGAAGUGCAGACCAGCUGCAAUGAGAGGGGUUUUUUGGUUUCUUUUUCAAACGGUACAGGUUCCUUAAUGUUUAAGGGCGGUCACUUUCUAAGAAGUAAAUGGUCAGUUGGAUUACGGAAAACACAAAAGGAUGGAAAAGAAAAUACCAUUUAAGUUUUUUGUUUUUGUUUUUGUUUUUGUUUUGUAAUUGAUGGAUGGAAGUCUCAGGCAUUGGGUCAUACAGAAUAGAAGUUUGAAUCUAAAACACCAUACACACACACACACACACACACACACACACACACACACACACACACACAC